AUGGAACUUGCUGACCUCGAAUGGCACCCUUCACCUCCUGUGGAUGAACACACCGCUAGAAUCAACUGGCCAGCGCUCUACUCACGUGCCUCCCACCUGCAUAAUGGUCAGCAGUGUAUUGCCCUUGACCUCGUAAAUGCGGGUGUAAAUCACAUGAUUCACCUUCUCGAGUUUCAGGACUCACAACACAUGCGAUGGGUCGUCAGUAUUCCAAAAGACGGCUCUAGUGUACAAGCCGAGGUGGAUGUCAUGAACCUCCUCUAUGAGAACAAAGUUGGCAUUCCUCGCGUUUUCGGUUGCGAACCUAGUGCCGACAAUCCUGUAGGCGUACCCUUUAUUCUGAUGCAAUUUCUCACGGGUAAUGUAGCUAUGGACGCUUUCGGAGGCUGGGGGUCGUACGGCGGAGUCAUCCCUCUCGAGUUUCGCCCUGACAUCCAUUCGUCUGUAGCUCAGGUUCAGGUAGAUGUAGCAUCUGUGCGAUUUCGUAAAAUCGGUAUUGUCACUCGUAGUUUGCAAGGCCACUAUGAUAUUGGUCCGUUCCCGCAUAUCGGUGGUCCAUUCGAGACAGCCGCGUCCUUCUUCGAAGCUUGGGCAGCGCAUGCCGAGUUUCCCACCAGCUCGUUAAAAUACCUGCAUCAGAUCGAAGACACGGUCUCCGAAGAAUCAGCCCGAGAGUUGAGAGCGUCUAUCGAUUUCCCAGUCAGAUUGGCGGCCAUGGCGAAAGCAGGACAGCUGAACCUAAAAGAUGGCCCGUUCCCUCUCGGCCACCCGGAUUUAGGGUAUAACAAUAUCGUUAUCGACGAAAAGAACAAAGUACUUGGAGUCAUCGACUGGCAGGAUGCCUGCACCUUGCCAUGGGAGCUUGUCGAGUAUCCACUAUUCCUCGACACGAUCCCACAAGUCUUCAACAUGCCGGACAAGUACGACGAAAGGGGGGAACCCUUGGAUCCCACCACGCUACAAUGCUGGAAAGAUCGAGAAGCGUAUUUGGAUAUGGUGAGGUCCGCCGAGAGCAUCGAUAAUCGAUUGUCGGAAAGCCUCAAGGAUAUAAAAAAUCAAGCUUUAGCCACCUCCGUCAGGUAUUUCAAUGCCGGAAAAUUAGGCUUUUAUAACCGGGUACUGGAUGAAUACCUUCUAGUGAAGUAG